AUAAAUUUUUUUAUUUUUUGCACUUAAGGAAAUAUGACAUUAAAGUACAAUCAUAAAUCCACAUAUCUUACUUUACUCACUGUUUGGACAUGCAGAAAAUGAAUAAAAGAUAUAAAACCUCAGAACUAACUAGCCACGAUGAUAGCACCAACUGUUUCAGUUCAAGGAGUGCGAGCUUCCUGUGCAGUAACAAGAGCAAUACAUUACUAAACAUUGAAGGUGAUUUAGCAGCGGAGUAUAAGACUAAUAAAACCACCAUCAGGAAUGGAAAAUCUAAGAAACCAACUAAUAAUCCAGUUAAAAAUAAUUUUCAUACCAAAUCUGCGAAUCAAAUAUAUAAUUUUUCACCGGAUCCUCUACCAAUGGGAAAGCAACCCAAUUACAAACCAAGUAAAAUUUCUCUGAAUAAAAAGUUGCAAUAUGGACAGGAGGAUUUCGAUGACAAAAGUGUUACUUCGGAAAGUUCUAUUUAUAGUGAUUCAUCGAUUAAUAUUUCAGAGCGUUUAACUGGAGGUAUCGGUGAAUUUGAAGUGCUUGAUAAACUUACACGUAACCUAGGAAAGGCGCCCAGAGAUUGCAGUGUCAACGUACCUGUAAAAUUGCCCAAACGACCAAGUAAGCUUAACAUCAUCAAUUUGGAAUUUCCUCAACCAAAGAAGCCUGAAAAAGAAGUAAAAGUGGGGCCUGUCACUCGUGGUACUCAAACUAUUUAUCGCGUUUCAUCUGCACAAACAGUACCGUAUUUGCCAGAAGUAAAAAAUGAUCCAGAAGAGUUUGUUAGACUUGAGCUAUUCAAACUACCAAAACUUUUGGAUGGUGUGAAACGUCCAGGGGUUUAUGAAGUAGAAGUAUUGGAACGAGAGCGAAAACGAUGGGACUUUUUAAAGGAACUAAAAGAACAAUUUCGGCAGGAAGUUAAAACUCAAAAGGAGUUAAUUCAUGCUUCCAAACAUCAAAAAAUUUUAGAAGCUUUCGAGUGGGAGCAAUGGAUUGCACGCGAGGAGUACAUACAGGAAUGUCAGAUGUUACGUCUGGAAAUAGUGAUACGCAUGUUCAAUAAGCGUGAGAAAGAAAUAAUCACCAGAUCUGAUUUGCGUGUAACUCUCACAACGAACCGUUUGUUAGCUGCAUACGAUAAAGAGGUGAAAAAGAUCAACGUAGAGCACAAACGAGAAAUGAGGCGUAUUGAGUGGCAGAUAGAAAAGAAAAAGCUCAGUUCUGAAAGUAGAAACAUAACACACGAAUUAAGCUACCCCGGAUCUGAGUUCUAUGCACCUCACAUUCGUUUUGGUGUAAAUCCAAAACGUUUACAUUUUACUGGUGGACGUAUGGCAUAUGAGGCUCGCAUGGCUGAUUUGGAAAACAAGGUUGUUAAUAUGAAGAAUUUGGUUUGUCCAUUCGCUAAGUUGAAACGCUGGGCAAAGCCUAAACAAUUGCUUACUGAGGUUGAGCAGAACUUCUGCUCCGAUAAGAAUCUUAAGAAACUCUAUGAUACACUAAAGUCAAUACAUGAUGAAGCACUCAAUAAGAAACGUAUUCACCCGAAAUGUCUAAUAGAAAGAGAGAGAUCAACUAUUGAUGUGGCGCCACCGAAACCUCCAAAGCCACCGCCACCAAGGAUGGUUAUACUAAUAAAACCAAUUCCGCCACCACCUGAAAAAGAACGUUCACAUAAAAUAUUUGAUCCUAAGGCAUUUAUUACGAGGCUUAAUAAAGAACGGCGUAAAGAAGAGUUGGAAGGCAUAUUGGCGGAAUACACUGGUUCAACAAUUGGUUGGCUGAUGAGAUUUUUGACUGAAGAAAUGGGUCGUUUAGAAGAACAACGAAAGUUCCAUUUUAUUGGAAUAUUAGCACUUAAGGAACGUUGGCGUCGAGAGGCGGCUGAAGCCGGAAUGAGGCAAAAAGAAAACAACUUGCGUAUCUUAUUAGAGCAAGUGUAUGACUUCUGUGAUUCUUCACAGGACGAUGAGUUCUUUAAUGCAGUAUUUGUUGAAGAUAGAACAUCAUCCUUCCGAGCCAAAGAAGAAGCUAUUGCAAUUGCUAAGGAUAUUGACAAGGACCUUAGUCGAUGGUUGGAUAGCUUUAAAACAAUUCAACAUCCACUGAAUUUCGAUAAAUUACGAUAUUUGCUAAAGGACAUGGUAUUCCCUGAUAGAAAGAAAGCACGUGCUCAUUUUGAGAGCAAAGAGAUUGUUAGAGGUAUAAUUGAAGAUGAUUUGUUAGGAUACAUUGAGAGACUCUUCGAGUCCUUUGAUAUAACUGAAUCAAUUCUGAAUGAAACAAUUGAUAGAGGAAUUGAUAACGACUUAUAUUACUUUUCGAAUGAUUGCCAAUCUGAUUGCGACUGUAUUCAAGAGUGCACAUGUAGAGUGGCUAGAAAGGAAGCAAAAGCUAUUUUGCGGAAAGUUAUCAGAUAUGCUGUACCCGGAAGGCGAUGGAUGGAUUCAACUGAAAGAGUAGCUGACAACAAUGUUAGUGAUCUGUUAGAUGACGUAUUUGGAAAAAUGGACAAAAAUCAGAUAAUGGCAGGUACAUUUGAAAAAAUUUGUCCGGUACGAAAACCGCAUUUAUACGAUAUUCAAAGAUCAAAAGAAAAAAUGGAUAGCGAGGACAUUUGGGACACAAUGAUAAAAAAAGUGGUAAAAAAAAAAGUGGAGCCCACCGAAGUAACAUCAGAAGACUAUGAUGAAAUGUAUGAUGAAGAAUGGUCUUCAGAAGAAUAUGACUUACAUUCAGUUAAAAGUAAUAUUAACAUAUUGGAUAAAAUGUGUGGACAUAUGUGGAGUUCAGAUGAUGAUUCUUCGGAAAAAAGGCGAAAAUCUUCAAUACUUCGAGCUUCAACAUUCCCAAUAUCGACUCGCACCACUAUUCUAGAAGAAACACCAACCAUUACCGAUUUCGUCAGUUAUGAACAUACCAUAAGUGGUACUGAAAAUUUGAGUAGUGGAGUUGAAUUGUAUGAUUCAACAUACGUAAUUGGAAAAAACUUGAAGAAUGCAACUGAUACUUCGUCACAAAAAAAAAUAGGAGAGAUAUCUGAGGAUGUUGAAGUUGGAAGUGAUGAGAUGAGCGAAGACUAUGAAAUUGAAACACAAAGCGAAGAAGAAACAGAAAAACAGAUAGAAGUACAAAAAAUACAGAAAGCACAAAAAGUACAAGAAAAACAAGACGCACAAGAAAGAAGUGAAGUUGAUGAGGAAGAAGGAAAUGCUGAAACUGAAAAUGAAGAAAAACAGGAUCAUACUGAUGUUACUGAUGAGCUGGAAAAAGUGGAUAUUGAAGAGGAAAGAGAACAAGUAGAUAUUGAAGACGGGGAAGAAAAAACUGAUAUUGCAGAUAAAAAUGAAGAUAUUGACGAAACUGAAGUACAAAGUUAGAUAAUUUACUAGAAAGUGAAGAAGCCAUAAAGUAAGAAAUAGAAGAAGAAAAUGAAAUUCAAGACGGGGGUGAAUGAUAUAAGUAAAUAAUUUAUUUAAAAAGUAAAAUCUACCAUGAAUGUGAGGUAAAAUAUUAGGUAAUUAAUAACUUAAAGAUUCCUAACAUAGGCCAUUAUAAUGUUUAAUA